GAAGGUUGUGUGAACAGGGGGAAAGGGGGAUACACUUGCAGGGAGUUUGUGUGGACUGACGCUCUGGGGCCGGGGCCUCUGCGAUCGACGACGAGUAUGGACGUCGAGGUCCAGCGGCUUAAUAGUUGAGGGAGGGGAGCGAUUCGGGAGAGCGCAUGAGAGCGAAGCGGGACUCGGAUGGGGUCGCGGUGAUCUGACGGGAGCAGAGAAAUGCUGCGAAUUCGGUCAGAAUUAGACGGCAGGUUGUCGUGAUCCACGCACAUAUCGGCCUCGUGUCAAGACUGUGCAGCCUCGCCUGCCGGAAGGAAGGCCUUAGGUCUUCCAUUCCAUCCCCGGCCUCUUCAUUCGUGCCCUGCUUCUGGUGCUUCAGGUUCCCUCGGUCUUGCGGUGCGCGAGGGGUGGAGGGAGGCUUUUCUCUCGAGCCUUGGGGCCAGUUCGGAGCGGUCGUCGAGCCUCUGUCUGUCUGUCGUCUGGGCCACUCUGUCGAGGCUUGUGGGCGGCCGGUGCGUGAGGUGUAGCAGCUUCAUAUUCUCGCAGCGAGCGAGUGAGCUUCAUCGCAAUGGCGGACCUUUUGCUGGUGCCUCAUGCCGCUGUGAGCGUAAGCUCUGCACCGUCGCUGUGCACGACUAGGUCUCCAUUGCAAUCUCAGCAGCGGUCGUCAAUUUGGGGCGCGCGACACUUUCAGAGGGCUUGUGUUAGCAAAGGAAGGUUGAAUUCCGUGAAUGAGAGGGUCGUGCUCAAGGAAUCGCGGAAGAACGGCAUUCAUUGUCAGGUUUCGACCACCCGUUCGGAAUCUAUCGUGGAACAACAGAAGGCUGACGGCACCUACAGCUCGUUGAGUCAAGUGUGCGCGGUCUUGGGAUCACAGUGGGGCGAUGAAGGCAAAGGGAAAUUAGUCGACAUCCUGGCAAAGCGCUACGACGUCGUGGCCCGCUGCCAGGGAGGAGCGAAUGCGGGGCAUACAAUCUACAAUGACGAGGGAAAGAAAUUUGCGCUGCACGUGGUGCCUUCGGGAAUUUUGAAUGACAAUGCUGUCUGCGUGAUCGGGAAUGGAGUUGUGGUGCACGUGCCUGGUUUCUUUGAUGAGAUUAGAAAUUUGGAAGAAGCCGGAAUUGUCUGCGAAGGCAGGCUCUUCGUCUCUGACAGAGCACACAUUCUCUUCGAUCUUCAUCGUUCAGUGGACGCUUUGAGGGAGGCAGAGCUCGCAGGCUCCAUGAUAGGUACCACCAAGAGAGGAAUCGGUCCGUGCUACGCCAGCAAGGCUAUCCGCAAUGGUAUCCGAGUCGGUGAUCUUCGUCACUUGGACACCUUCAAGGACAAGCUGGAAGUUUUAUUGAAGGACGCAGCGAGUCGCUUUUCAGAUUUCACUUAUGAUCUGGAUGCGGAGAUGGAGCGAUACAAGGUUUUCGCCGAGAGGUUGAAGCCUUACAUCACCGACACCGUGCAAUUCAUCAACGACGCUCACAGACAGAAAAAGAGGAUUCUCAUCGAAGGUGGUCAGGCUACCAUGCUCGACAUUGAUUUUGGAACUUAUCCGUUCGUCACCUCCUCGAACCCGUCGGCUGGUGGAAUCUGUACCGGUCUUGGAAUUGCACCCAACCGUCUCGGUGACAUCGUGGGAGUGGCCAAGGCUUACACCACCCGAGUUGGUGCGGGACCAUACCCUACGGAACUUUUUGGCGAGCAAGGCGAGGCACUUCGUGCAGCCGGACAGGAAUACGGAACCACAACUGGUCGACCACGUCGGUGUGGAUGGCUGGAUAUUGUCGCCCUCAAGUUCACUUGCGACAUUAACGGAUUCACCUCCAUCAACCUCACAAAGUUGGACGUCUUCUCCGGAUUUGGGAAGUUGAAGUUGGGGGUGGCGUACAAAAUUCCUAGCGGAGAGUCAAUUCAAUAUUUUCCUUCUGAUUUGAGCGUUUUGGAGUCUGUCAAGGUUGAGUAUGAAGAGUUGCCCGGAUGGACAGAAGACAUCUCUUCGAUCCGCCAGUACAAGGAUCUACCAGCUGCAGCUCAGGCUUACGUUGAGAGAAUAGAAGAGCUGAUCGGAUUGCCGGUACAGUUCAUUGGUGUCGGCCCUGGUCGUGAGGCCCUUAUUGUUAAAGAAUGAUGUGGGUCUAAUUGUUGCAUUGUCUAGGUCAAUGGUGGGCGUUGAGUCAUGAUCUGGCAUGAUAUUAUUGGAUUAUCGGUGCAAAAAUCACUUGUUUCCUGUGUCUGGAGGAAUCAUGCGAGAAACUUUAGUCCAGCAAGUGACCAGUAGUGUAGCUUACCAUUCAUAUGGGCGGACAAUCGGGUUCAGUGAGUCUGUAUCCUAUUAAACGUAAACCUCUGCCUCGAGUCAGCACGUUAGGUGUCUUGAAAAGCCUACAAAGGGGUUUUCAGAGUAGAGUUUUGAUAUCGCGGAUGCCGAAAUGUCAACUAGUGAGAGUGUAGAAAUGACCGUGGUUUCGUGAUUCCUUUUCUUUCGCCCCUUCAAUUAUAGUUGUAGACGAAAUUUUGUUCCUGGUUGUAGUAGCAAUUUGACCAUUUAUAGUCACCACCGUUUUCAGUCACUUUUCCUCUUAAUCUGUGUCGUAGAUUCCUAUUAGGAAUGUGGAAUCAACCCUUCUGACUUCUGCUUUUCAAGCGGGGGAGGUACGAGGCUUCGACCCUCGGACGCCAUGUUCAUUUUUGUUUGUCUUGUUCACCUUUGCUACCAUCCAGCAUACUUCUGUAGGAAGCGUUUUGACUUUGCAUCCGUGGCCAAGCCUUGAGGAAGUCUUCUUGCAAUUGCGAUCAAGUGGAGAACUAGUUGUCAUGCUCAUUGGCUUUGACGCAGUCGCUAAUGAUUUUAAAUCAUGGGUAUUGAAUUGCCGGUUGUAGGAGAUGGGUCUUGUAACAAGUUUUUUCCUGCAGAAAAAUAUGUAGCACUAAUUAAAAAUAGGAUGAAAUAAAGGUAAUUGUCGUUGAGUGAGACGAGUGGUUCAAUACUUUAGGAUGGAUCACAGCAUGUUUCUAAUGAAUCUCAGCGCCCCUUGCCACAGAAAGUUACUUUCAAGUGGUUUCAAUGGCGUCUGAUAUUCCCUUCAUGCUAUCAAAUAAAAAAAUCCCACAAAUGUAGGUGUGCA